AUGGCUUCACAAACACCUCUUCGAAUCGUUAUCGUUGGUAGCGGCAUCGCAGGAUUAGCAUCUGCCAUUGCCUUACGAGGCCCGAAUCGCGAGAUCACCAUUCUUGAGCAAUCACGUCUCUCAUCGGAGAUUGGCGCAACAAUUUCUCUCCAACCAAAUGCGACGCGCAUUAUAAAAGAAACCUGGGGUGUGAGCGACUUGCUGCAAGCUUCGAAUGGCAUGGUGGAUAGUGGAUUCCGUAUCUUUAAUUCGGAUGGCAAAAUGGUCAAUGAAAUUCCACUUCUCGUGCAAAAGAAAUACGGGGCCGACCGCAUCAUGUGGCAUCGACAAGACUUGCAUGCACAACUGACAAAGGUCGUCAAGGAUGCCGCAAGAAGUGGGCCGAUUCCUACACUACGGACCUCUUCCCGUGUUGUCGACUGCGAUUGCGAGGCGGGAACCAUCAAAUUAGAAGAUGGAGAAACCAUUCAAGCAGACAUCAUCAUUGGCGCCGACGGCAUACACAGCAUGUUGCGAUCGCUAGUAGCAGGAGAAGAGACCAAGCCACAACCCACAGGCGCAUCAUGUUAUCGACUCAUGAUGACUUCAGAAGAAGUCCGGCAAAAAGCACCAGAAUUCGCAGCACAUAUAAAUCCCUCCGAGCCCUACACAUCAAUGUUCAUGGCCUAUAACUGCCGCCUUAUCAUGGGCCCCGCCCGCAACGGCGAAAUCUUCAGCGUCGUCGCUCUCGUCCCCGACGACAAAAUGAACGAAGACCCGGACAAAGCGCAAUCUUGGGUGACAGAAGGCGACCCCCAAAAAAUGCUCGAGACUUUCAAAGACUUCCCAGAUUGGACGAAAGACAUGCUCAAGCUACCCGACCGCAUCGGCCUGUGGCAACUCCGCGACAUCGAUCCGCUCGAUACCUGGGUACGCGGCCGCGUCAUCCUCAUCGGCGACGCAGCGCACGCGAUGCUACCUACGCAAGGUCAAGGUGCGAGCCAGGCGAUUGAGGACGCAGAGGCUCUUGGCGCAUAUCUAAAUACUCUACAAGGAGCACCGGCGAAGUCAGAAGAGGUAACAGCCCGCCUGAACCAGGUGUUUGAAGCACGAUAUGAGCGAGCGAGUUUGAUCCAGAAGUUUAGUCGCGAUUCGGCGAAGCCGGCGACGGAGAAGGGGGGCAUUGAGAUUAAAAUGCGGCCAGACGAGUUUAUGGAUUAUAAUUUUCAGUAUAGGGGGGCGGUAGAGUGGCAGAAGUCAAGGGCUGUUAGUUCGAGUACGUAG